GUUACCUUCUAUAGACUGAACGUAACAUGUUACGAACUAUAGCCAGUCUUCAUUUGUUGAAAGUGGAGGCGUGAUGGAUGCGGAAUUGUCGGAAAUCGAGGAUUUUCAACAUAGCGGUUGUGAAUAUUUCCAUAUGUGAAUAUGGCUGGGAAUAAAGUUAAUACUAAAACUAAGGGGAAGGAAGAUAAGGGUAAGGCUAACAAAGUCGUACCGCAAACUAAUGAAGAUAAUGAAGACCUUGACUUUGCUGUGCUCAGAAAACCCAUACCUACAAGCAUAACAGGUUUUGCCCAAGCAAGAAAAAUAUUUGACUUGGCUACAGAAGAACUCAAAGACUUGCUGUCAAAUGAGUGUGAUAUACUCUAUGAGUGCAAAGUGUGCCGUAACAUAUUUAGAAGUUUGGCAAAUUUCAUAUCACACAAAAGAGUAUAUUGCAAAGAAAAGUUUAACUCUAGUGUACACGGACAUUUCAUCAAGAGUAAUUCUACUGCAAAUGAAAUCCUAAAAAUAAAAAGGAGUGAAAAUGAAUACAAAGAGUCUUUGAAAGCAAAAAAUGAAACAAAUUCAAGCGAAGCAGAAGAUGGUGAUGAACGUAUUCCACUGACGAAGGACUUGACUGCAAUAUAUGAGAAGAUAACUAAAUCAAAACCUGUGAUUAACAGUAACUGUGAACCACAGGUGGUUCUGAAGAAGAUACCAAGCAGUACUGUAGCUGUAUUCCAGAAUAUGAAGUUUGAAGAACAAUCAUCUGACAAUAUGAGGGCUCAGGUAAAAGAGCUGGACGACAUUUUAUCUCGUGACCAAGCAGUAUUACAAAGUGAUGGAACAUUCGCGAUCGAAAGCUCUGAGGCAGACAGAGAUCAAGACACAGACAAUGUCAUUCAAAUAAGUGAUGAUGAGGAGAAUGAUGAUUCUGGUGUGCUGAAGUGCAAGAUUUGUGAUCUCCAGUUCUCCACCCAGAAGACGUUGAAGUUCCACAUGAAGUACAAGCACCUGGAAAGCAGACUCGUGUACCCAUGUCCAGAUUGUCUGGAGAUCUUUUCAACAUCCUGGAGUGUAUACCGACAUCUCUUCAAAGUCCAUCGGAAAACUGCAGCUCAAAUAAGAAGACUAAGGGAAUCUAUACAGUCAAAGGCAUUCAAAAUGAACAAUCCACCAGCGUUUUAUGAAAAACGCAAGAAUAAUAUGAAGCCGGCGGCUGUCCAGAAAAUAAGUGAAGAGGAGAGAAUAGAUCAGGAAAAUCAGGCGUGGAUGGAGAACCUGGAGGGCGACGGCCUGGGCCCGCGCUGCGGCGGCUGCGGGCGCGCCUUCGAGCGCCGCGCCGCGCUGGCCGCGCACGCGCACACGUGCCAGCCGCGGGCGCGCGCGCUGCAGCGCCGCCCCGACGCCAAGAAGAUCGAGAUACAGAUCCGCAAGGACUACAACAAGGGGCCCGUCGCCGGGCUGACCAUCAUCAAGGCCGACUCUAAUGAUAUCAAAGCUGCGAAUGAAGACACGCAAGCUCCUAGUAAACCUCAAAAUGAUAUUGACAAAGUGCCCGAACCUGAAGAGAACAACGCGGACGAAGUUCCGAUGGAUGUUGAAGACGAUGAUCAGAAGUCGAAUGAUAGCGAAUCUCCCGAAAAGGUUCAACCGAGACCCGAAGAUAACAUUAGGCCCGUUGUGAAUCUUCCCUUCGCUCUUCAAGCUGAAAAGAGCAAUCUAGCCGCGUUCAAACAGAGAAUACAGUCGGAGGUCGACUUUUACAAACUGCAGUGCAAGAAAUGCGAUGCUAAACACACAUCUGGAUUGGAACUAUACGAGCACAUGGCCGAACACGUCAAAUGGAUGCGUUACGCGUGCAAACUAUGUAACUUCAAGCAUUACCAUUUCGAAAAACUCCCGGAACAUGUUAAAGUUGUUCACAAAUUGAAGGGCGAUUCGGACUUUUAUUUCAGUACAGUGAAGGCUAUUGAUGGGACAGAAGCGAUGAUUAUUAGUAGGUGCUUGGCAGAAACAGAGUCGGCUGACGAAACCAAUGAUCCGAAUGAAACUAGCCCUGAGUCGAGACGACCUAGCAGAUGUUCCAGUGACUCGAGCAGACUUUCAGACGAUAGCUCCUCGAGCAGCACUCUCAAGGUCGAAACUGGAAGAAAACGUAAAAUGUACCAAAAUAAAGGCAAUCCCAAGAAAAAGAAAGACGCAAAUGCAAAUGAUGAAGGGGAAGAUCAAAAAGACGGUGACGUUGAUAAAACUAUGAAAGGUGUUCUUAGCGAAAAUAGUAAUUCUUCAAUCCUCAAAGCCUUUGAAGAGAAUUCAUCAGAUUUUGAUGAUGUUGAGGAGAAAGUAACAAAGCGUCAAGUCAUAGAAAAUACGACAUCAGUAGCUUCACGCAGGCCAGUUAGAAAGAGGACAAGGCCCAAGAACGAAGACUUUGAAUAUGAUUUAUCUAAUUUGUUGAAAAUGGAAGCUCAAGGUUAUAGGGAUGCUCAAUCAGUUACAACUACGAAAAGCAAUCAAACUAAGAAAAAGAUACAACCAGAAGCCACAAUCAAUCAUGAGAACUUAAAUAAAGAUUGUUGUGGUGCAUUAAUCGCGUUAACCAAAAAAGCGAUAGCUACUGCUUCAGCACACUUGAAGACGUCCAGCUUUGCUGUAUACACUGCGAGGGAGCAGAGACCAAAUAUCUUUGUAAGACCUUCUAUACCCAGAAUCCUGUCAAGAGGCGAUAAAGGAUCUCCCAAAAAAGAUGUUUCUGAUGACCCCCAAGAAAGCAGUCCAAAAAUACAUGAAGUUUCUAAAACUAUUAUUGAACCGCCUAAAACUCUUAUUGAACCGCCUAAUGUAAGUAAGGAUGUUGAAACAAAAGAAAUUGAACGAGCCAUAAAUAAAGAAAAGGACCCACCUAAAACAUCCAAUCAAAAUCCUAGAGAAAAUUUUAAAUCAGCUAUUAAAAAUGAAAUUAUUAAAGCUAGUGAUGGUAUGCUGUCACGUGUAGCAGAUUCUGAGACAAAAGUACUCAGUGAUACAAAUGAAGUUUCAAAAGGAGUUCCAAAACUAAAUAAAAAUACAGAUGAUAGAAACGAACAAAAUGGCACUGACGCUGUUGUUACGGAUAAAGGAACAACAAGUAAUUUCAAUAUCCCUGCAGUAGUCCCGAUUAAAUUCCGCCGCCAAAGCUUAGAACUUAUGAAACCAAUAAUAAAUAAAAAUAUUACAGAUUUUUCAAAAGCUGGAAUGAAAACAAAAAUACUAGUCAUCAAACCUAUCAAUAGACACAACGAUAAAGCGCGUGCAGUAAACAGUCCAUUGAAAUUUCAAACGAUAAAAUUGAAAGACCCAACUAAGGGAUCUUCAUCCAGUGAAGAUAAGCAAUCUGAUCAAGUUAUGGUGGUGAAAGUUCCUAAAGUUCCAUGUUCUACAGUCACUGAAAAAAUACUGCCUCCCAACAAAACUACCGAUGUUGAAAAUACUAGUACUAAUCAAUCACAGGAUAAAAACGAUAACACUGAGAAAGUAAAGAGUAGUGAAGAAAAUGAAGUACUCAAACAUGAAAAUGAAGUUAAAUCGGAUUUGGAAACAAUGGUUGACGAUGACAAGAAAUGUAAUGAGAAAAAUAUUGAAACAGAAUCAGUUAAAGAUGAAUCUGUUAUUGACGAUGUAGCUAAAGAAUUAAUUAGUAUAGCUGAUGAACCUAGAACUACAGAAGUUGCAACUUAGAUGAUCAGUGAUUAGAUAUCUCUUAUUUUGUCGGUUACAAUUUGUCAAUGUAUUAUGAUGGAUUAUGGGACUGUGUCGCCGACUGAAAGUAAUAUUAUAAUGUUUAUCAGUAAUGCUACUGAAGAAAUAUUUUUUUUUCUACAAUGUAUUAGCUAGCUCUUUGCAAUAAUUCCAAUUCCGAUUUAUGUAUGCCAUGAAUUGCUUAGCAGGGUAAAGUACUUUUCUGUUCAAAGAAAGUUGUUGUUUUAAUUUUACUCUAUUUUACAUGUAUAGUUUGUAGUUAUUAAGUGUAGGUAGGAAUUUGCUACCAUAACAAAUAAAGUCUUCGUCAGAUGAUGUA